AUGGCAAUGGCUACUUCAGCCAUGUACCCCAACACCUCCGUCCGUGGUACUGGUCGCUCUACUACCACGGUCUCCCCUACCACCCCAGAGUUUGCACACACCCCAGUCCAGGCCGUGCAACAGGAGCGCCUGCAGCAAGACCUGCAGAUCGCCGACGAACAGUACAACACCUUGUUUUGCCGCGCGCUAUACGAUUACGAAGCACAGGACGCUUCCGCUCUCUCGUUCCGCCGCGGCGACAUUAUCGAAAUCCUGACACAGCAACCUUCUGGCUGGUGGGAUGGCUUACUUGGGGAAGAACGAGGAUGGUUCCCGUCGAAUUAUGUUGCCAUUAUCUCAGACGAGGAAGCUGAAUUGGCUCUGUCGCAACAAGAGUUUGGAACCGCUGAUACUCGACCAACCGACCAACAGCCAACAACUUCGGUCAAUGUUCCCCAUGCCCUGUCAAAUGGUGCUCAAUCAGAGAAUGAGGAAUGGCUAGAGAACGAACUAUCCUAUCGGUCCAGGAGUAAAGAGGGUCAGAAGGAUAUUACGCAGAAUAGGGGACAGUCAAGUGAUUUUUGGAUGCCCGAAGUUACAGCUGAUGGCCAGAUAUACUAUGUCAAUACUCAAACAGGUCAACGUUCACGAUACCUGCCUCAAGAAACGGAGGAUGAAGUAUCUGACGGAGAUCUCGCUGGUUUGGCAUCACAAUCGACAUCUCGAUCAGGCACGUCCGCUGGGCUUGCGUUUGGCCUUAAUGAAGCUUCAGAAGCUUCUUCUGAGUCCGACGUCGAUGUUCAGCAUAUGGAUCCUUGGGUCAAGAAAUUGGCAGAUGAUGGUAUGUCGUACUACUAUCUCAACACCAGAGAUGGCAAAGUGCAGUGGACGACUCCUGAAACAACCGGCGCCACUAAAGUCAAGCCCAGUCGUGCAAAUACCGCACUGCCAUCUGAUGUCUCUCACCAACCGGAUACCUCCCGUCUGAGCGUCUAUUCCGAUGACUCUGACAUUCAACCCUUUGACCACCUCCUACAAUCUCGUCCGCGACAGAACAAUGGUUCCUCACAAGCUUUGGCUGGAUCUUCAAUACGGACCGAACCCAAUCCAGCUGCUGUCAUGGAAUUAACCUCCGCCGAACGAAUCGCGAAGUCAUUGCAACUUGCGCUGGAACCACUACCUCCUAGCCUUAUUACUGACUUGUCCUCCGUCGCGAGAAGUGCCAUUCAAGCAGUCGUGGAAAAUGUUCAGACCAGUGGUGUCAAUCGGCAAGGUGAGGACGACCAGCGAAUGGAUCAGCUCAUCUAUAGCGCCGUUCUCGCCGUUCGGAACCUUCUCUACAUCUCCGCAGCACCCUCAAGUCAGAUGCCGACUAAUAUUGGUCAAGGAGGUGGCCGUGAUGCAAGGAUUAACUCGACCUCGACUUCGCCCCUAAAACCUGCCCAGAGGAAGGUGACGGCCACACUCUCCAGGCUGGUCCUAAGUGCCCGGGCCAUGCAAUACGACUCGGGAUCUCAAAUGGCGGACACUCUAAACCGCAUCGAAACAGAUUCAGAGGAAUUGGAACGUGCUGUUCUUUCGUUUGUUCUGGAGGUACAGCGAAGCGAACACAACCAAGCGAGGCCGGAAAAGAAGCAUCACAAACGCUUGCAAGGUGUUUUCUCAACGGCUAACAUAGGGUUGGGCCUCGUUGGAGGAGGAGCAGCUGGUUCUUGGAAGGGAUUCGGCUAUGUUUCUCUGGAUGACCAAGGUGGCAUGCCCCAGAAACCUCUCAGUACAGAGGCUGUUGCGGAAGUCGGCACAUCGUUAAGUCAACUUCAAGAAGGUAUAGGCGCUCUAGGGCAAGCUCUGAGAUUGACUACGGAUAAUUCAGUUCAACAAGUUCGUUCUCGAGUGCAAGAAUUGGUCACCCAAAUCUCAACUUUUCUUUCAUUGAUCGCUGAUAUCCAUGUUGCACGUCAUGUGGACAUUGACGGCAUUCGACAAGCGGGUGAUGCAGCAGCCAAUGACCACUACUCUCAUUCCGUCGAAAAUGCGCGGCAUCUCGUCCGUACGUUGGAAGCCGUGACUCAAGCAAUCUACGACGAUAGCUCCGCCCUACUUGUCACGACCCAAACACUACAUGACGGAGACGGCGACCCCUUGCGAGGCGAACGGGAAGCAGCGUACGACCUUUUGGACAGCCUCGCGUCGUCAUUGGGCAUGAACCUUAACCUCGUUAAGCAGACAUUCGAAGGACUACUCUCUGUUGGCCACGAGCAAGCAGACAUUGCCCAGGGUGACUAUAAUGGCUCGAUCGAAUGGCGCAUGUCUCGACUCAGCGUCAUCAACGAUCACAUCAACGGGACUCAGCAUACAUUUAAGGAAGCGUACGGAUCUGACAACGAAGAUGUUGUCGAUAUGGGCUUUGCAUUAAAACCAGGUCUUAGGACGCAAAAAUCGGCUGCUGAGUCCUCGUACGAUUCAUAUCGAACUCUGGCCGCUGUUGACACGACCCCCAUCCUCCCACGCGACUCGGAAGACAACACGCUUGUAAACCAUUCUCCUGUCGAGUCUCGCAGUGCUUUACCUGAAAACGAUGGCACCUUUGAUGAUGAAGCACCAGCAACAAAACCUGCCUCGCGACCAUCUGGUCCGGGUAAGUUGGAGCGAUUGCUGGGUAAGGAAUAUGCCGACAGAGUAGCUGCUGAUCUGCAACCAUGGUAUCUCCGGCCGAAUUACUCGCCAUCGGAUAUUAUCAUCGAAUCGGAUGGUGUGCGCGGUGGUACAGUUCCUGCUCUCGUCGAGCGGCUUACGGCGCACGAACAAGCUGAUACCACUUUCACCAGGGCAUUCCUCAUGACCUACAAAUCAUUCACAACAUUAGAUGAGCUGUUUGACUUGCUCGUCGCACGUUUCAGGAUACAACCUCCAGACGGUUUGACUCCACCAGAACUCGAGGAAUGGGGAAAACUGAAGCAGCACGUCAUUCAAAUGCGUGUGAUCAACACCUUCAAGUCGAUGAUAACCGACGAUGGAGUUUUGGAGAAAGAGGACAUGUAUAUCCUUGAACGUAUGAAGGAAUUCAUCGCAAGCGAAGAAGUUUCGAGACUUGCCGCAGCUAAACAGCUGCUGAUCCUUAUCGAAAGAGCUCGGGGGCAAGGUGAUAUCAAGACCCUCGUGAAUAUGAACUUGGGUUCUCCACCUCCCCCAAUCAUUCCUAAGUCGGGCAAGAAACUGAAACUUCUCGAUAUUGACCCCCUCGAGCUAGCUCGCCAACUCACGAUUAUGGAAAGUCAGUUAUAUCAAAGGAUCAAACCCAUGGAGUGUCUUCAGCGUGCCAGGGAGCAGAAGACGGACAAUGUGGAUAACAUCACAACGGUUAUCCAAACUAGUAAUCGAAUUGCUGAUUGGGUCGCGGAGUCAAUCCUCAGCAAAGAGGAUUCGCGAAGACGAGCUCAAAUCGUCAAGCACCUCAUUGGUGUUGCUGAUCGAUGUCGCACGUUGAAUAACUUUUCUACUAUGAUCGCUAUCACCUCAGGUUUGAACACACCACCUAUCCGACGAUUGAAGCGAACCUGGGAGCAAGUCAACCAGCGUUUCAUGGCCCAAUUCGGCGCUUGUGAGAUGACGAUCGACAGCAACAAAAAUUUUACUAGAUAUCGACAACUGAUGGCGAAUGUGACCCCUCCUUGCGUGCCGUUCAUUGGUGUCUUCCUCUCAACUUUACAGUUUAUCCAAGAUGGAAAUCCAGAUAACCUGCCUGGUGGUCUCGUCAAUUUUAGAAAGCGUCAGAAGGCAUCUGAGGUCAUCAACGAUAUUAAGCGCUGGCAAGCACAACCAUUCAACUUCCAAGCCCUACCAGCCGUUCAAAACUACAUCACUGAAUCACUAAACCAGUUCAGCACCAGUGAUACUAAGGCCUCAAGUGAUCACUUUUGGGCACUGUCUCUUGAGCGAGAGCCGAGAGAACGGGAGGACGAGAAGAUGGCGAGACUGUUGCAAGAAAGUGGAUUUUUGUGA